AUUUGAACGUUGUCCGUCUGUUUUGUUUUCGGUAACGCUGCGCAUGGUUCCAUCUGAGCGGGGGCAGCUGCUGCCUGCGUUGAACACAUGAGAUGGAGCCUCGUCAUGGGAUCAUGAAAGCUUUCCCCAAAGUUAAAAGGGUCAAAGUGCUACAGGGAAAGGACGAGCCCCCACUAAAGAAGAAACCUGAUCAGUCCGUUGUUGCAGGAAGUGUUUUUAAUGGUAUAACAGUGUACAUCCUUCCUGCUGGAAUUGGAAAUGCAAGAUGCCAGAUCUUCCAAAGACAAAUUCAGCAGAAUGGUGGGCAGACAGCGAGUUCACUGUGCCCUGGUGUCACUCAUGUUGCUGUGGAUGACAAUAUGGACAGUGACAGAGCUCUGCGCCUACUGAAACUAGAUUGUAUGCCCUCUGGAGUUCAUCUGGUAAAGUGCACAUGGUUGAGCAUGUGCAUCACUGAGAAGCAACUGCUGGAUUCAUCCAGCUACAGCCUUAUUUUACCCAAAAGGAACUAUGAAACACAACCUGACAAUAAUAGGGAAGAGCUGCUGAAUGUCAAGGCUGCUGCAGAAGCCUCUACUUCAGUAUCAGAAAAGUCCACAGACAUCGCAGUCCCAGACAAAAAAGGAGAAGGGCAUGGUGAAGAUGAUGGUGUCUCUCAGAGUGAUCUGCAAGCUCUCAUCACUGGCAGUCACCCUAAAGAGGAGACUCCAGGCCCCAGUUUUGAUACCAAUCCAGACUCUGAUACACAGAAUGCAGUUGUAGGGAGGUGGGUGUGUGCCCACUCGUCUCAGUCCAAAAGCCAUAACUUUAACAAACACAUAACAGACAAACUAGAGGUCUUGGCCAAGGCCUACACACACCAGGGGGACAGAUGGAGGGCUCUGAGCUACUCCAAGGCUGUCAAUUCACUGAAGAGUUACCACAAGCCUAUUACGUCAUAUCAGGAGGCUUGUCAGAUCCCAGGUAUUGGCAAACGCAUGGCUGAUAAAAUAGAUGAGAUUAUGGAAAGUGGCCACCUACGGAAACUAGAUCACAUUGGGGAGGAUGUGCCAGUGCUGGAGCUUUUUACCAACAUCUGGGGUGCUGGGUUUAAGACUGCACAGCUCUGGUACCAACAGGGAUUCCGCACUUUGGAGGACAUUCGCACAAAAGCCUGUCUGAGCAACACGCAGAAAAUAGGACUGAAGUACUAUGAAGACUUUCUAGACCGAAUGCCUAGAGAGGAAGCAGCAGCAAUAGAAAAAGUGGUGAAGGAUGCUGCUCAGGCCAUAGACCCAGGCCUGGUGGCAAUCACAUGUGGCUCCUACCGUCGAGGAAAGGCCACAUGUGGGGACGUGGAUGUACUUAUAACUCAUCCUGAUGGCCAGUCCCACAAGGGCAUUUUCAGCCAGUUGCUACAAAGACUCCAUGACAGUGGGUUCUUGACAGAUGACCUGGUAAGCCAGGAGGAUAAUGGAGAACAGAAGAAGUACAUGGGUGUGUGCUGCUUGCCAGGAUCCCACCAUCGACAUCGCCGAUUGGACAUAAUCGUAGUGCCCUAUAACGAGUUUGCCUGUGCCCUCAUGUAUUUUACUGGGUCAGCACAUUUUAACCGCUCAAUGAGAGCAAUGGCAAAGACAAAGAAGAUGAGCUUAUCAGAACAUUCACUGAACAAAGAUGUGGUACGUCAAGGUACCCUGAAGGUCUAUGGUGGCAUUCCACUACCUACACCGACAGAAAAGGAUGUUUUUAGCCUUUUAGGCAUACCGUUCAGACCGCCUCAUGAAAGGGACUGGUGAUUGCUAUUUACCAUGUUUUUGUAGUAGUUAUGAUGAUGAUGAUGAUGAUGAUGAUGAAUGGUUAAGGAUUUGCUCCAACAAUACAUUUUAAUCAUGUUUUGUUGCUCCGUAACUCAUGGUAUGAGCCCUGUUUGACUUUUAAACCUAAGUCUAGUUGUAUACUUGAAAGCAGAUUUUUAAUUGUCUGUCCAGAGUUUUUAAAUGUAUGAAAUGUACACUGCAAUUUUCUUAAGACUCAUUGAGUAUGUACAGCAUCAAAUCCAUGAAAAUUAUUUAAUCAAGGGUAAACUGUGAAAGUUUUCACUGUACUUUGUGUAUCUGCAUGGCCUUGGUAACACUACAGCUAAAACUGAAGUAUUUACUAUAGAAAAGCGGAUGCUGUGUAUAUUUUUAUAUGUAAGUUAUUGUAAUAAGUAAUAAAACACAAGUGUCAUAGCA